UCCACAGUAAAAAGAAGUCCCGAUAGUGAGAAAUUUCGAUUUAGGAGCAGCCCAGAGGAUGGAGUACACUCGUCAGCCCUGUCCCAUACGGAUUGUGGAGGACGCUGGCUGUGCCUUCAUGAUGGGCACCAUUGGCGGGGCCCUGUUCCAGAGUAUGAAGGGAUUCAGGGAUGCCCCCGCGGGAUUGCUUCGCGGGAUCUACGGCGGAUUGGAUUCCGUGAAGAUGAAGACCCCCGCGAUUUCCGGCAGCUUUGCCGUUUGGGGUGCCACCUUCAGCGCGGUGGACUGUGCGCUGGUCCACUACAGGCAGCGUGAGGACUCGUGGAACUCGAUUGUGAGCGGCGCUGCCACGGGUGGCAUUCUCGCCGCCCGCCAGGGAGUCCGGCAAAUGGCAAACAGUGCAUUAAUCGGGUGUCUCGUGCUGGCGCUGAUCGAGGGAGCCAGCUCAGCAGUGGCCACAAUCUAUGCAUCCGAAGAUCAGUCCAUCGCUCCAGCAGAGGCCCCAGCCAAGCAGCGACCCCAGUGGGACGAGGCCCGGGACCAGAACGACCUCAAAAUGGACUUGGAGUUUGAGCGAGUGCUGGACAAGUGUCGGUCGUACCAGGCUGGCCACAUAGGUACUGCCCCCCACUCGUUGUCGGAUCUGGUCAAGAUGGCCAACGUUGUCUAGCUAUCAAGUGAAUCAUCUAUUCCUAGAGUCGUCUUCUAUUUCUGGUCCAGUUGCAUCCAAAUUAUGUUCAUGUAUCGGCGUUAGCCCUGUUCUGGAUCCUCACUCUCUGUUGAAUGUUUUUGGUGUGCAUUAAACGGAGGUGCCAUUUA